UUAUAUAUAAAAGUAACAGAAUAAUAUUUUAAAAUGCUAACCUCCAAGUCAUUUUAUCGGAAAACGAAAGGAGGCAAUAUUUAUAAGGUGGUUCGGGAACAUUAUUUAAGAGAUGAUAUAUGGUGUGGUUCAGAAGCUUGUAGAAAAUGUGGACGUAGAAAACAGGAGAUUUUACUUGAUGAAGAAAAUCCAGGUGCUAAAAGCACUUUAUUUGCGAUGCCCCAUUAUUUGGUUCUAGAUACAAAUAUCGUAUUAAAUCAAAUAGACAUCUUAGAUGAAAAUAUAUUAUGCAAUGUAAUUGUUCCACAAACUACACUUAAUGAAGUACGCCAUAGAAGUUCAAAUGUUUACAAAAAACUUAAAGAAAUAAUCAAUGAUCCUCACAGGAAGUUUUAUAUUUUUAUUAAUGAACAUCAUAAGGACACAUACAUUGAACGUAAACAUGGGGAAAUAAUUAAUGAUAGAAAUGAUAGAGCACUUCGAAUUGUUACACAUUGGUAUAAUACUCAUUUAAGUAAACAAAAAAUUGAUAUAAAAGUUAUUUUAGUAACUGAUGAUCAUGAAAAUAAAAGUAAAGCAGAAAAAUUGGGAAUUCCUGUGGUUACAAUGGUGGAAUAUGUGAAUUCAUUGGAGAAUGCAGGCUUUCUAAUUGAUAAACUCUCUAAAAAAAGUUAUAUUUUGGAUGGAGAUGCUCGUGCUCCACUUUUUCCUUGUCAUUUAUCACCUUCCCAAAUACACGAUGGUAUAAAAAGUGCUACCCUCAUACAAGGUACAUUUUUAGCUUCAAGAGAAAACUUUCUUGAGGGGUCUGUAAAUUGUGAAAGUAUUGAAAAAUUUAUAUUAAUACAAGGACGAGAAUCUUUGAAUCGGGCAAUCGAUGGAGAUACAGUGGCUGUUGAACUCUUUUCAGAGGAUCAAUGGUCAGCACCGAGUGAAGUAAUAUUAAUAGAUGAAGCAGAGGAUGAUCCAGGCGAUGUUAUUGACGAUGAAAAUAUAUUAGCAGAAAACAAAAAAAUACCCACGGUUGAGAAAACACCUACUGGAAGGAUUGUUGGUAUUAUUAGGAGAAAGUGGAGACAAUACUGUGGAAUAUUACAGCGUAGUGCACUUAAAGAUAAUACGCAUCACCUUUUCAUGCCAGCAGAAAGAAAAAUUCCAAAAGUUAGAAUUGAAUCUAAACAAGCCGAAACUUUGUGUACACAACGCAUUAUAGUAGCUAUUGAUUCUUGGCCAAGACACUCUAGGUAUCCACUAGGACACUUUGUGCGUGCGUUAGGUACAAUUGGUGACAAAGAUACUGAGAAUGAAGUUUUACUAUUAGAACAUGACGUUCCACAUAGCAGAUUCUCUGAUGAGGUGUUAAGUUUCUUACCGAAGCUGCCUUGGACUAUUACAGAUUCGGAUGUUAAUCAGAGGACAGAUCUUAGAUCUCUGGAAAUUUGCUCGGUUGAUCCACCUGGUUGCACCGAUAUUGACGAUGCCCUUCAUUGUCGUGAAUUACCAAAUGGUAACUUGGAGGUCGGCGUACACAUUGCUGAUGUUUCUCAUUUCAUUAGACCUGGAACUGCGCUUGACAGAGAAGCUGCAUCAAGGGCCAGAACUGUUUAUCUUGUCGACACGCGAAUUGACAUGGUACCUGAACUUUUAAGCUCCGAUUUAUGUUCACUGAAAAGUAAAGAAGAAAGAUUUGCAUUUUCGUGUAUUUGGGAAGUCGAUCACAAUGCUAAUAUCAUCACUACAGAAUUUUUUAAGUCAAUUAUUUUAUCUCGAGCGUCUCUGACUUACGAAGAAGCUCAACUGAGAAUUGAUGAUGAAAGGCAAAAUGAUGAUCUCACUAAAAGCUUAAGAAGUUUGAAUAAUUUAGCGAAAAAGCUCAAGAAGAUGCGCUUAGAUAAGGGAGCCUUGGUCUUGGCGUCGCCAGAAGUUCGUUUUCAUGUCGACAGCGAGACUCACGAUCCUAUCGACAUCGAGGCUAAAAAAGUGCUCGAAACGAACUCCAUGGUCGAAGAAUUUAUGCUUCUCGCAAACAUAUCCGUGGCCAAAAAGAUCUUGAUGGAGUUUCCAGAAUGCUCGAUGCUGCGUCGUCAUCCAGAGCCACCCCAGGUAAAUUUUGACCCAUUAAUCAAGGCCGGCCGUCACCAAGGUUUCGAGAUUAAUACAAGUUCCGGUAUGGAAUUGGCCAAGUCCUUGGAGGCUGCGCAAAAGAAGGACAAUCCUUAUUUUAACACGAUGUUGAAGAUUGUGGCCACUAGGUGCAUGAUGCAAGCUGUAUAUUUUACGAGUGGAAUGCUACAAGAACCAGAGUUCUUCCAUUAUGGUUUAGCUUGUCCAAUUUAUACGCACUUUACGUCUCCUAUUAGAAGAUAUGCUGACAUUAUAGUUCAUCGCUUAUUAGCAGUAUCCAUUGGUGCCGAUGCAACUUAUUCGGAGUUGUUGGAUAAAAAGAAAUCUCACGCUCUUUGUCACAAUCUUAACUACCGCAACAGGAUGGCCCAAUAUUCUACAUUAUUUCAGCUUUUCUUUAGAAAUAAAGUACAGUUAGAGGACGGGUACAUUCUCUUCGUACGUAAGAAUGCAUUACAAAUUCUCAUCCCUAAAUUUGGUUUGGAAGGAACAUUAUAUUUGAGCAAAAAAGGAGAAGUACCCGAGGUUAAUUUUAUUUUUGACGCUGAGAAACAUAUCCAACAAUAUGGCGAUAUAAUUUUCCGGCCUUUUGAUCAAGUAACUGUACAAUUAAGUCUUGAUAGAUCUAACAUUCAGCACGAGAAAUUGAUAUUUAAACUAGUGAAACCAGUGAUUCCAGGUUUCAGUAUUCCAUACGAUUCAGAAUCUAUUGUUACAUCAGGAUAUUCAGAUAAAAAUACAAAAGACUCUCCAAUCGAAGUAAUGGACAUUUCUGAAGCUCCGAAAAGAAAAAAUAUUAACACUCCAGUCAAUCAAAAACCAGUACAAUUAUCAAAAGGAAAAAGAAAGAGGAAGAAGAAAUACUGAACAUCAUUCGUGCAGAUAUAUAUUUAUAAUUGAUACGUGUUUAUACGUGCGUGAACGUGUGCGUGUAAUAUAUUUAUAUAUAAUUAUUGAACUGAGUUUGACGAAUUUGAAA